AAAUUUGGCCGCAUGUCCAAGAAGCAGCGGGACAGCCUCCACGCCGAGGUGCAGAAGCAGCUUCAGCAGCAGGCCCAGGGGGGUGAGGCGGGGGCCUCGGCCUACUCCUUGGGCAUCGCCAACGGGCAGCUGAAGCUGGCACCCUCCCCUGACCUGCGGGAGGCUUCGGCCUGCUCCACCGGCCUGCUGAAUGGCCAGGCCCGCCUCAGCCAGUCCCCGGAGGAGACGAUGGCGCUGACCUACGCGAACGGGCUGGCCAAGGGCCAGACCGUCCUCAGCGAGGACCUGCGGGCCCCCUUCGCCAAGGAGUUCGGACCCGAGCGCCUCAAGAUGGAAGGCCGGGGGAGCGUCUACUACACCCUGGGGACGCAGGCGUCGCCAGAGCUCUUGCGGCCGGAGGUCAACGGGGUGAAGCGGCCGGCGGGGAGCAUGGCGGGGAGCGAAAACCUCGACUUCUACACGACCCCCAGCUUCACCAGCCUCUUGGAGUCUCCCAACUCUUCCUUGACUGAGAUUGAGCACCUAACCCAGAACGUCCUCAAGUCCUACCGGGAGACCUGCCAGCUGCGUUUGGAGGACCUCCAGCUACGGCGCUGGGAAGCGUUCACGCGGGAAGAAGUCGGAAGCUACCAGAAAAAGACCAUGGAAGAGAUGUGGGAGCGCUGCGCCUGCCGCGUGACGGAAGCGAUCCAGUACGUGGUGGAGUUCGCCAAGCGGAUGGGCAGCUUCAUGGAUCUGUGCCAAAACGAUCAAAUCGUGCUUCUCAAAGCGGGUGCCAUGGAAGUGGUCUUGGUGAGAAUGUGUCGUGCCUUCAAUUCCGAAAACCGGACAGUCUUCUUCGAAGGCAAAUUUGCGGGCCCGGAGCUCUUCAAAUCCCUUGGAUGCAACGACUUGAUCAACUCCAUUUUCGACUUUGCGAACAGUCUCUGCUCCUUGCACUUCUCCGAGAACGAAAUUGCCCUUUUCACGGCACUGGUGCUUAUUAACUCAAAUCGUCCUUGGUUGCAGGAGAGAAGCAAGGUGGAGAGGCUGCAGAACAACCUGGAACUGGCCUUCAAGCACAUGUUGCGGAAAAACCACCGGGAAGGCAUCUUGGCCAAGCUGCCCUCGAAAGCCAAGCUCCGGAGCCUCUGCCACCAGCACAUGGAGAAGCUGCGGUCAUUCCGCCAGAUGUACCCCAUCAUCGUCCACGCCGUCUUCCCACCGCUCUACAAAGAGCUGUUCAGCUUGGACUGCGACCCUCCCCAGGGGACGGCCGGGGAGUAGCGCCCCCCACCCCAGUCGCAAGAGGAGGGCUGCGCCCGGAGGUCUCUUCCCAUCUCUCUGCCUCUCUCCGAUCUGCCGGUUUGCCCUCUGGGGCCGACACCAGAGGACCCAGGGCGGAGGGGGGGGGUACGGGAGGGCAGGAGAACCCAAGACCAAAAUUAAGAUCCCGUUUCCACGCAUUCCUGUCCAAAGAGCGCGAUCGGGAGCAGAAUGCCUGGGGGUGGGGUGGGGAAAGGGCUGUGUUGUCCCAACGUCGAUUUUGGUACGUGAACCUUGGAGCCGCUUCGUGCCCGAAGGAAAAGGCGGGGCGAGCCCACGGCGGCCACCCCGCAUCGCAGGAACGGCGGGUUAUGGGGUGUGAGCAACGUCGAUGGAAGAUGCUCGAGGGCUGGGCGCCGUUUGACGCACAAACUGUUAAUUAACGGAGGGUCUCGUGGCCACAGGGUACUCCUGAGAGGAGGAAUUUUUGGGGUUCUUUUAUUUCUCUCUCUCUCUCUCUCUCUGUGACGUGGUCUCAUUGGACGGGC